AGCCUGGAUCCCCAAGAGCCGGAAGGUCGCCCCGCUGCGGUCGCUCGCUCGGCGGUCGAUUGAGGGGGCUUCCUGGAGGCCGGCAAGAGGGCGGGUGGGAAGAUGGCGGCCACGGCGGCUAGUGGGCUGCCCGGGAAGGGGCAUGAUAUCAGCCUGGCGGCUCUGCGGCGCCACGACCCCUACAUCAGUCGCAUCGUGGACGUGGCCAGCCAGGUGGCCCUGUACACUUUCUUCCAUCGGGCCAACAAGUGGGAGAAGACUGAUGUGGAGGGAACCUUAUUUGUUUAUACAAGGUCUGCCUCUCCACAGCAUGGAUUCACCAUUAUGAAUAGGCUCAGCAUGGAAAACAGAACAGAGCCCAUUACUAAAGACCUGGACUUCCAGCUCCAGGACCCUUUCCUUCUCUACAGAAAUGCCACAUUGUCCAUUUAUGGCAUUUGGUUUUAUGAUAAGGAAGAGUGCCAAAGAAUUGCAAAACUGAUGAAAAACCUCACUCAAUGUGAACAGUUGAAAGCCUGUCAUGGAGCUGGAACAGAAUCCUCCCCAGUGAGCCUGAGUUCAGGAGAGGGCAGAGAAGUAGACAUCUUACAGAUGCUCACCAAGGCCAAAGAUGAGUACACUAAGUGUAAGACCUGUUCUGAGCCAAAACAGAUAACCAGUUCUUCUGCCAUUUGUGACAACCCUAAGCUUAUCAAACCUGUCCCCGUGAGACCCAGUGGCAGCGGGAGGCCACAAGAACCCCCACCCAACAAGACCUCGGACCCUGAGCCCCAACACUUAUCUUUGACAGCUCUAUUUGGGAAACAAGACAAAGCUCCGUGUCAUGAAACUCUGAAACCCUCUGGGACAUUCACCCACCACCAUCACCACCACCACCACCACCACCAGCAAGAGCAGCUUCCCGUUCAUCAAGGACUUGCAUGCCCCCUGUCCUAUGAAAAUCCCAGAAGGCUCUCACUCCCCGUGGAGAAGCAACUAUGCCCAGCCAUUCAGAAACUCAUGGUUGGGAGCACGGGGCUACACCCACUGCCACAGCACCCUCAGCAGUGGCCCUGUGAGAGUGGCAGCCCCAGUCAUACAAGGGGACUUCUCCCCGGUCCUGUCCACCUGGGGUCCCCCUGGAACGGUGGGACUGCACACUGUGCACAGAGCACUUGCAGAAGCCACAAGCUGCUAGAGCAGCUUCAAGGUGCUUCUGGAGCAGCGCAUAAGUAUAAGCCCUGUGUACCUGCCAGCCCGGCUGUGGCCCCUCAGGUGGCUCCAUGCCAAAGUGUGAAGCACUCACAGAUGGUGUAUUUCACUGGCCCCCUUCCUCCUCCCACACCAGGACAUCAGGCUCUUAGGAAGGAGCAGUGUGCAUUGCCAGCACAAGCGCUCUCCCUCCCAGGCUGCCAGGAGAGCAGCCCCGGUGUGCUCCCUACUGGGGAGCUGCUAAGAAAGCUUCAGGUCGUACAUCAGGGGCAGCAGCUACAGGCAGCCCCCCGGCCAGCCUUGGCAGCCAGGUUCCCCGUGUCAGCCCAUGGCUCGGGGACAGAAAAGCCCUUGGAAGCCUGGGCCAACAAGACAUCCAGCAUGGAGAAACAGGCUCCUCUUCCUCAGUUCACCUGUGCCCCACUGAGGGAGACUGAUAAUGGGCUCAUGCCCCUGGGAGGCCAAGAACUUCCUGCUGCCUCCUCCGGCCUCCUCCUGCCCCUGCAGAACUGGGAAUCCUCCACCGUGGCCAGCAGGCCCCUCACCAGGCUGCAGCUCCAGGAAGUACUGCUGAACCUCAUCCAGAAUGAUGACAGCUUCUUAAGCAUAAUCUACGAAGCCUAUCUCUUCAGUGUGACACAAGCAGCCAUGAGAAAAGCCACGUGACCAACUAUGUGAGAGCAAAGACUGAGAAUCGAUUCUCCGGAUUCGUCCUGUGAACUGUGUGACCAAAUGCAUUUCUGCCUUUUUAACAAAGUAGAGUAAUACAAAGUAAAAUGGUUUUGUACUGUCAAA